AUGGAUGCAAUAUAUUUAGGGUUGUUUGGUGUAUUUAUUGGGUUUGUGCUAUGGUGGUGGAAUGAAUAUUGGUAUAUUAUUCCUCUCAAAUUCAAAUGCUUCAAAUCUUCAACAAAAUUGCCACCAGGUCAUAUGGGUUUGCCAUUCAUUGGAGAAAUGAUUACUUUUCUUUGGUACUUCAAAAUUGUUAAACGUCCAGAUGAUUUUAUUAAUGCCAAGAGACGCAAAUAUGGUGAUGAAGUAGGCAUGUUUAGAACACAUCUUUUUGGGGCACCAUCCAUCAUAGUAUACACUCCAAAUAUUCACAAAUUUGUGCUACAUAAAGAAGACAAGCUCAUAGCAGAAUGGCCGACCAUUGAACUUAUGGGUAGAACUUCAUUGUUGACAUUUGAAAAUAUUGGAAAAUUAUUUAUGGGCAAGGAACCAAGCCCUCUUUUAAAUUCUUUGGAUAAGCUCUAUCAAGACUUACUUCUAGGAGUAAGAGCUUUUCCGAUUAACAUUCCAGGUUUUGCAUACCACCAUGCUCUUCAGUGUAGAAAAAAGCUUGAGGACGUUUUUUACAUGGAAUUAGAUAAGAGAAAGAAUGAAAAUAAGAUAGAAAUAAUUGAUCUAAUGGAUGGGUUGAUGAAAAUUGAAGAUGAAGAAGGUGAUAAGUUGAGUGACAAAGAAGUUAUAGACAAUAUUGUCUCUCUUGUGGCUGCUGGAUAUAUCUCUACUUCUCUUAUAUCUACAUGGGCUAUUUACCUUCUUGCCAAGUAUCCAAUUGUGCUAAAAAAGCUAAGGGAAGAGAACAUGGCUUUUACAAAGGGGAGUCCUCAGGAUUUUAUUACACCUAAAGACGUUUCAAAUUUAAAAUACACAAAUAAGGUCGUUGAAGAAGUGAUUAGAAUGGCCAAUGUUGCGGCUUGUGUUUUUAGAAAAGUUGACACUGAAGUUAAUUAUAAAGGUUAUAAGAUACCUAAGGGAUGGACGGUUAUUCUCCUCCUUCGUUAUCUUCAUACAGACCCAGAAAAUUUUAAGAAUCCUAUGUAUUUCAAUCCUGAUAGAUGGGAUGAGCCAUUAAUGUCUGGAACAUACCAACCUUUUGGUGGAGGACCAAGACUUUGUCCAGGAAAUACGCUUGCAAGAAUUCAACUCGCAAUUUUACUUCAUCAUUUAUCCAUAGGAUAUAGGUGGGAGCUCGUUAAUCCAAAUGCAGAUAUAAUUUAUCUUUCACAUCCUGCUCCGAUGGAUGGGGUCGAAAUUCAAGGUUUCAAAAAGUGCAGUAAUUUUGUCUGGUUGGAUGAGGAAAUGAACCCUAGGUCAAAGGAAGUGAUCUCUUCGUUACUGAAGAAUUUGAAUGAUGAGAAGCAGAGGUCUAAAGAUUCUAUCGCAAAAGAAGAAGAAAUGAGGAUGAAGAUGAAAAUGUUGAAGAAACAGUUGAAGUUUAAUUGGUCUAUAACCAUAAUUAUGUUUGUGACACUAGUGGCUGCAAUUAUAAUGAAAUGA